AGGAAGCAUGUGAUGAAACUCUGACUGGACAUCAUGCAAAUUUCAACAUCAGAAAGUAUUUUGAUGGUUAUGAUUUUCUUCCAAAUGACGAACUCACAAAAUUUAACUCUUCCUCCUUUAUCGGGAGAUACACUGGUUGCUUUCUCAGAGAUGAUACCAGCUAAUGAGUCAGUAGCAGUUGGAGGCUCGAUUGCUUUAGGGAUGUUAUCUUCAGUCCACCUGUCAUCAGCUGCAGAUGAUAUGAUAAGUGGCUUUUCACCAGUCGACUAUGUACCAAAUUUUGCUGUUGGAGGUUUGCAGUCCAGUCCAAAGCUUGGUGUUUUCAGUGUAGUUGACCCUAAUGGUGAUCCCGUACCUGCUGGACAGUAUGGUUUACUGCUGUACAAGGGUGGCAUGGUGUGCUCGCCAGGCUUCUCUGAUAUUGCUGCUGAUUUCAUAUGCAAAAAGAUGGGAAUCACCGUAGUAAUGGGUUGGUUAGAUGCAUACAAAUUUACUUUGCAAGAUGAGCUAAAAGUCACAAUAAACGAUAUUAACUGUUCAGAUGAUGAUUGCACUUGGAGUGCGAAGGGAAUAAAGUGUUCCAGUAACAAAAGUGUGUUUCUUAACUGUGGAGAAGAAAAGGGAGAUGAAAAAGAAUCACAUGAUAAAGGUUAUAACUAUAAAUCACCAAAUGAAAUGGGUGAAGAUGAAAACGAGAAAACUGAGCAAGAUAGCAGUUGUUUUAUACACAGACAAGCGUUUGAAUCGGGAGAAUCUAAUACUGGUCCUGCCAAAGAUGCCAACGAUUGCAAGUCAUUAUGCUCCAAAAUGUCCACCUGUGUUGCUUUCACAUUUGUCAUCGAUUAUUCUCAAUGUUUAACUUAUAGUUCUGUUGGGAAAGUGUGUUCGUCGGCUUCACUCAAUUCAUUUGAGGUAGUUUCAGGGUUGAUGUCAUGUUUUGAGGAAAGAAACGACAAUAAUAGAAACGAUGAAGAUGGGUGUAUCAACUUUGGUUUUCACAUUAAAGGAACUUCGCCCGUUGAGGUUUCAAGGUCUAAAACGAUUAGUCAAUGCAUAGCAGCGUGUAAAAAGAGUAAUUAUUGCGCUUCUUUCACUUUUGUUGAGGAGGAAGGCCGCUGCCUCAAGUAUGAUGAGGAUCACCUUGAAUUUGAAAUAAGUCGCAAAACUAUGAAAAAUAAGGUACAGUCAGCAUUAAUGUCAUGUUUUGAAAGCGAGAAAGACGGUUCUUGUCUAAUCAGAGGUAAAAAGUAUGCCAAGGGGAAUAUCGAUACAGUGAGUGCAGGAACAGUUGAGCAAUGUGCCGGAAAAUGCAAACGGAAAACGGAUUGUGAAGCUUUUACUGUGUGUACCCUUAUGAAGCGUUGCUGGCUCUAUGAUUUCUCAGCGUUUUCUGUGAAAAUGGAAGACAGUAGAAAGACGAGGUCCUACAUUUCUUCUGAACGUUUAUGCUAUUUUGGAGAUGACGAAAGUAGAGAGAAAAGUGUUGAAGAUGAAAAUAUCGACGAAGAUACGUGUAUGAACGAUUCUAGAAGGAUAUGGGGAGGAAUUAUGAAGGUAGUGUCCGAUUCAUCGUCCUACUACGAUUGUAAGAAUCUCUGCGAGAGAACGAAAUAUUGCGAAGCAUUUUCAUUGUGUAAGAAGACUCACAAAUGUGUUCUGUUCAAACACAGAUUCAAGCUGAGGAGCCAAUCUGAAGAUCCGAAUUGGUGUUCGGGAAUUUUACGAUGCUACGACCAACAAGGUUCGAACAGUAAAGAAGAAACGAGACGUGAUGACGUACUAGACGAUGGUGCCUGUCAAUUUGGCUUAUCUCAAGGUUUCUGCAAGUCCGAAAAGUACAUUAUAUACAUGGAAAAGUACUGCAGAAGAACAUGUGAUAAAGAACUUGAAUUAAGCGCUUCAUCUGAAGGUAGCGAAGCCGACGGUUGCAAAGACAGCUUUGAUGGAGAAAGAUGCAAUUAUUUAAAAAGUAUCGGCUACUGCAAGUUUGAUAGUAAAAUAGCUACUGAUUACUGUCCUGUGACAUGUGAAAACUGCGAUGGAUCAUUGUCCUCCAGCUUUAGGGAUGCCGAUAAUUCAACCAUCAUUAUUGACACCUGUAUCGACUUGUACAGCACAGCGCACUGCAUCUCCAGGAUUGAAGCCUGUGAAGAUGAUGAUGAUUUGCAACUCUAUUGUCGUAAAACUUGCGGACUUUGUAACGAGUCAGAUCCCCCCGAGGAGGCUCUGGAAGGCUGCAGUGACAAGAUCGGAGAGGCAACUUGUACUAGGAAGAGUGGCCGCUGUAAUUCUGACUUUUACAUGGAACGUUACUGCAGGAAAACUUGUGGAUUUUGUGAGAAAGAGUCAGGUGUCUCUCUAGCCUCAAGUUCCAGUAGCUCAGAACCAGCCUGCGAGAACCAAUAUGGCAGUCAAGAAUGUGAGUUCUACGCGGCCGUUAACAUGUGCGAGUACGCGAACAUAAAGAGGACACUGUGUAGAGUAACCUGUAAGAUGUGUGUACCAGAGCUGAAGGAAGAUCUGACUUGUGAGGAUGAUAAAGGGGAGUAUAACUGCAGGAUCUGGAGGGAUCUGGGUUAUUGUGUUAGAGAUUCUAUUCGGUACACACACUGCCGGAAGACAUGUGCCGUGUGUGGUGAGGAUAAUUGUGAGGACAAAAGACUACAAUCGGGCAAAUGCGAAUACUUCAAGAAGAUUGGAUACUGUGAGAGUCAAAGCAAAGUCCGAAAUGUCAUGUGUCCUAAAACUUGCCGCAAUUGUCAAGGUACUCUUUCUACUGGAGUCGUGGAGCCAGUCCCUGUAGACGCCUCGUGUAAGGAUAGAUACGAGACCGCCACAUGUUUAUCUCAGAUCGGGAAAUGCGAUACUAAAAAGAGUAUGAAGUUCUUUUGUCGCAGAACUUGUGGAUUCUGCAAAGAUGAGGACCCAGCUGAUUUUGAAGAGGAAUGUGACGAUUUGAUAGGAAGUUCAGAGUGUGAUAGACUGAAUAGUGUGUGUGCCACAUACCGACCAAUGAGAAUGAACUGCAGGAAAACAUGCCAAUUCUGCACAGCUAAGGAAAGGCCGCAAGAGAGGGAUGGGUUUAACAAAAAAGAGUGCACGGAUACAGACCCCGAAUUUUGUAGGGGCAUGGAAAAAUUCUGCAGGGCAGAAGGGAUACAGAGAAAUUGCCCGGUUACUUGCAAAAUAUGUGCAUCUGAUUCAGAAGAUGGUUUAAAGAGCGCAGUGAGGCCUCAAAGGAGCAGCAGAGACUCACAAGACCCAAGUUGUAGAGAUGCAGAUAAGACGUAUUGUCUUUCCAUGUCCUCAUAUUGCUCAUCAGCUAAAGUUCGCAAAUCCUGCCCUAAAUCUUGCAAUAUCUGCAAAAUUAACAAGGAGAGGCAGAGUGUGUCUGGUGGAGUAUGUGGAGAUAGGAUGGGCAACCGUAGGUGCUCCAGAAUGAAUACAAAGGGACACUGUGAGAAAACGAGCAAAAUGAAAAUAAUCAGGGCGAGGUAUUGCAGGAAGACCUGUGGUACCUGCAAGGGUCAAGAUGCAGAUAGUAUGCCUGGGACACUGUGUCGAGAUGAAAAGGAAACUUCUCUUUGUUUAGCAUUUGAGUCACAUGGGGACUGUGUUAGUGAUGAAGUUAUCAGAAACAAACACUGCAGGAAAUCAUGUGGAACCUGUCAGGACGGAAGUCCUAUGCCAGAUAAUGAUGAAAAUAAAAAAAAGAAAGAUCAUAACACGUCGAAGAAAGACACUGAUACUUGUAAAGAUAGGGAAGUUGUCAGUAAAGAUUGUGGUGAAUGGAAAUCGCAGGGAUAUUGUGAAUCACGUAAACAAGUUAAAGAAAUAUUAUGUAAAAAGACAUGCGGUGCAUGUGGAGAUAAUGAUGAAAAGAAAGUGGAAAAUAUUGAUACUGAUGAAAAGAAAGGAGAAAGUAUUGAUAAUGAUGAAAAGAAAGAAGAAAUGAUUGAUAAUGAUGAAAAGAAAGAAGAAAGUAUUGAUAAUGAUAAAAAGAAAGAGGAAAGUAUUGAUAACGAUGAAAAUAAAGAGGAAAUUAUUGAUAAUGAUGAAAAGAAAGAGGAAAGUAUUGAUAAUGAUGAAAAGAAAGAGAAAAGUGUUGAUAAUGAUGAAAAGAAAGAUAAUAACAAAUCAGAGAAGGAUACUGAGUCUUGUGAUGAUAAGGAAGGUGCUGAUAGGUGUGGUAGAUGGAAAUCAGAAGGAUAUUGUGAAACGAAUAUAGAACUUAAAGAAAUAUUCUGUAAGAGGACAUGCGGUUCUUGUGAAGGACUAACCCUCAAUGAAGGCGAAGAGGCCAAAGUUGUGCCGAGGUCUCAAUACAUUCAUACAGCCUCCUCGAGCCUGAACCAAGGCGAUCAGAUAAAUUGUAAAGAUAGGUGGUCAGAUUGUGUUACUUGGGAUAGGAAGUGUGACUCGGAUGGUUAUACUGACUACUGGUGUGCCAACACGUGUCAAUCAUGCUCAAAACAAAAGGAAGAAGGAGUGGGACUAUCAGGUGCUCCAACUCAGUCGUGUCAGGAUACUGUGGCUAGAGCAGUCUGUGCCAUGUGGAGGUCUAAAGGAUUUUGCGGGAGUCGAACAAAAAUUCGAAACAUAUUUUGCAAGAAAACGUGCGGCAGUUGUGAAAGUGAGAUGAAUGAAACAAGCUCGGUAUCAGAAGAUAAUGAUGAUUAUGAUUGUAAAAACUUGGACGAUCUUCGCUGUCCUGUCCAGAAAAAGUACUGUACCACUGACGAGGUUAAGAAACUGUGUCCGAAAACUUGUGGAACUUGCGGUAGAAUUCCCAAACUUGUUGCAAGGAAAGCUAUGAAGAAUAACGAUUGUCAGGAUGCAGAUAUAUACCGUUGCCCUUUCCUAAAAGCAAAAUGUGCCAAAACAGAUGUACACACUAUGUGCCCAAAAUCAUGUGGAAUUUGUGGAAUAACCGGUUUGCAAAGUGUGGGCUCUGGAAAAUGUGGAAAUAGAGUGCGCUACGACGUUUGCGCUGUAUGGAAAGCAAAAGGAAUGUGCGAUCCUAAAAAUAGUGGAUAUAGAUCAAAUGUCAGAGGAAAGCUUUGUAAGAAAACAUGCAACUCCUGUGAAGACGGAAGUCUUAUGCCAGAUAAUGACGAAAAGAAAGACGAAAGUAUCGAUAAUGAGGAAAAGAAAGAUGAUAACAAGCCGAAGAAAGAUACUGAGAAAAAUUCAAGUAGAACUGAACCAGACAACAACAAGAAAGAAAGUGACGGAAAAGGAGGGAACAAUAAUAACAACGGAGAUACUGAUAAAUGUGAAGAUUUAACUACAUAUAAAAGCAGAUGUGGUAUCUGGAAAUCAAGAGGAUUUUGUUCUCGUACAAAAAUUAGAGAAAGUUUUUGUAAAAAUACGUGUGGUACAUGCAAAGACGGAAGUCUUAUGCCAGAUAAUGACGAAAAGAAAGACGAAAAUAUCGAUAAUGAGGAAAAGAAAGAUGAUAACAAGUCGAAGAAAGAUACUGAGAAAAGUUCAAGUAGAACUGAACCAGACAACAACAAGAAAGAAAGUGACGGAAAAGGAGGGAACAAUAAUAACAACGGAGAUACUGAUAAAUGUGAAGAUUUAACUACAUAUAAAAGCAGAUGUGGUAUCUGGAAAUCAAGAGGAUUUUGUUCUCAUACAAAAAUUAGAGAAACAUUUUGUAAAAAUACAUGUGGUACAUGCAAAGGUCAGUCCGACGGAAGUCCUAUGCCAGAUAAAGAUGAAAAUAAAGAAAAGAAAGAUAAUAACAAGUCGAAGAAAGCCACUGAGACUUGUAAAGAUAGAGCAGAUGUCAGUAAAGAAUGUGGUGAAUGGAAAUCGCAGGGAUAUUGUGAAUCGCAGAAACAAGUUAAAGAAAUAUUAUGUAAAAAGACAUGCGGUGCAUGUGGAGAUAAUGAUGGAAAAAAAGUGGAAAAUAUUGAUACUGAUGAAAAGAAAGGAGAAAGUAUUAAUAAUGAUGAAAAGAAAGAAGAAAGUAUUGAUAAUGAUGAAAAGAACGAAGAAAUGAUUGAUAAUGAUGAAAAGAAAGAAGAACGUAUUGAUAAUGAUGAAAAGAAAGAGGAAAGUGUUGAUAACGAUGAAAAGAAAGAGGAAAGUAUUGAUAAUGAUGAAAAGAAAGAGGAAAGUAUUGAUAAUGAUGAAAAGAAAGAUGAUAACAAAUCAGAGAAGGAUACUGAGUCUUGUGAUGAUAAGGAAGGUGCUGAUAGGUGUGGUAAAUGGAAAUCAGAAGGAUAUUGUGAAACGAAUAUAGAACUUAAAGAAAUAUUCUGUAAGAGGACGUGCGGUUCUUGUGAAGGAGUAACCCUCAAUGAAGGCGAAGAGGCCAAAGUUGUGCCGAGGUCUCAAUACAUUCGUACAGCCUCCUCGAGCCUGAACCAAGCUCCAGGUUGUAAGGAUGCAGAUACUAAGUUUUGUAAACACGUUAAAAGUGAAUGCUACGAAAAAGGAAUCCAGGAAAUAUGUCCGAAAACCUGCAGAGUAUGUCAAGCAAAAAGGAAGGAUAACGAGCGAAAAGAAGGAAGAUGUAAUGACCAGUCUGUUGACUGUGCAUUUUUCUCUGGCUACUUCUGCAAAAAGUUCCUAGAGGUGGCUAAAAUGUGCCCUGAAAGUUGUGGCGUCUGUGAUCAAGACAAUGGUCUUGAUGAAUACUCCUUGAGUUCAGUAGUUGGCGACACUUCCAGUCCUUUGAGAGGUUUACGGCUCCACUUGGAAGUGCCAGGAGUGAAGGAAUGCCUCCGCGAAGGUGUAUCAUUUGUCGGGUCUCCUACAGCAAGAUAUGAGGAAGUUACAGAAACAUCAGAGUGCUACACUAAGUGCGCCACUAGAGCUGGCUGUGUUGCGUUCUCUCUCUAUAAGGACACCGGUUCAUGCAUGCUGAAGAACGCUUGGCUAAACCCUGAACCUGUUACUAACCAUGAGGCAAAGGAUGUCGUUUCCGCGUCUAUGGAUUGUAUUUUAGACGCAGUUGGAAAAGUUGAUAAGAUUAUUUACAAGUCUCAAAAAGAGAAAGUUCCGUCAGGGGUAAGCGAACAACCUCCUGUCCCUGAUAGUUUUAUUAUACAGUCCUCAAUAGGCCGGUCUAAAGGAUGCGAUCUGAGUAGAUUGCCGGAUGUUUUAGGAUUCUAUCCUGAUAAGAAAACUAACCUUGAUGUCGGGGACUCCGUGAUCAUGUAUUGCAAGACACCUCCUACAAACCCUAAGCUUGUCGAUUGUUCUGCUCACGAUUCCAUUUCAUUCUCGGAUUACCCGGUAUGUGAGAGUAAAGAUAAGAAGUUUGAAGAGGACAGACGACGUGACGAGGUAGAAGAUGUCGACACCUGGGAAACUCAAUCGUGUUAUAACUACGGGGGAGUGUAUCCUGGGGGUACUCUCAAGGUUCAACUCAGGGUCCGUACUCUUGCUAUGUGCCAGCGAAUGUGCGAGAACAGAGGGGGCUGUGUAGCUUUCACAAUAGUCCAGCGAAACUGGAUGUGUAUCUUGCGAGGCCUGGAGCAUGGAGAGCUGGAGAAAACUAGUCGGCUUGCUAGAAACGGGGACGUGGUUUCUGCUAGCAUGGAUUGUAUCAGAAAAUCCUCAGAUUAUAGUUCCAAGUGACUAGUACUUCAUCUCAUAUUACAUCAUUUCAAUACACACUAUAAGGAACCUCGGUUGAAAUCACGACCCGCGGCCGCCUUAUACCAUUCGUCACCUAUCUAUAUCUUUAGUGAUUAAUGAAUAAUAAACGUUAAAAAUCUAAUAUUUCAUUUCAUAUUUGAUAAGCACUUCCAUGUGACUUAAUAAGGUUUUUUAAUACAUGUAAUUAAUGUAUAAUAUGUAGUUAUAUGGUUUUAAAGAUUUAUACA